UGUAAAGGAUACUAACUUUUUUCUUGUGUCUCUGUGGGUGUGGCUUCGGCUUGCUGUGCUUGGGGAACUUGGUUUGUCUGCUUCAGAUCCUAAUGGUCCUAUGUACUACAAAGGGUGGUAUCACUUCUUCUACCAAUACAAUCCGAAAGGUGCAGUUUGGGGUACCAUAGUUUGGGGGCACGCUGUAUCAAGGGACUUGAUUCACUGGCUUCACCUUCCACUGGCAAUGGUGGCUGAUCAAUGGUAUGACCAAAACGGUGUGUGGACAGGCUCUGCCACCAUCUUACCCGAUGGUCAAGUCAUCAUGCUAUACACUGGUUCCACCAACGAGUCAGUGCAGGUCCAAAACCUUGCAUACCCUGCAGAUCCCUCUGAUCCUCUCCUUGUUGAUUGGAUCAAAUACCCUUCAAAUCCAGUUCUGUUCCCUCCACCAGGCAUCGAUACCAAGGAUUUUCGUGACCCCACCACAGCUUGGCUCACCUCAGAAGGCAAGUGGCGCAUCAGUAUUGGUUCAAAGCUUAACAAAACUGGCAUAGCCUUGGUUUAUGAUACCAGUGACUUUAAGACCUACGAGCGUGUGGAGGGACUGCUCCGUGCCGUGCCUGGCACUGGCAUGUGGGAGUGUGUUGACUUCUUUCCAGUAUCCAGUGAGGGUGAAAAUGGCUUGGAUGCUUCAAUCAAUGGGGAGAAUGUGAAGCAUGUGGUGAAGGUUAGCUUGGAUGAUGAUAGACAUGAUUACUAUGCAGUGGGGACUUACGAUGAGAAGAAUGCCAAGUUCACACCAGAUGACUUGAAGAACGAUGUUGGUAUUGGACUCAGAUAUGACUACGGUAUAUUUUAUGCAUCCAAGACAUUUUAUGAUCAGAGUAAGGGAAGUAGAGUGUUGUGGAGUUGGAUUGGAGAGUCUGAUAGCGAAUUUGCUGACGUAGCCAAAGGUUGGGCAUCUAUUCAGGGUAUUCCAAGAACAGUGACACUUGAUAAGAAAACUGGUAGCAGCUUACUUCAAUGGCCUGUAGCAGAGGUGGAAAGUUUGAGAUUGGGAAGCAACGAGUUUGAAAAUUUGAAGGUGAAGCCAGGGUCAGUGGUGCCACUUGAAGUUGGAACAGCUGCACAGUUGGACAUUGUAGCUGAGUUUGAGAUAGAUAACAAAGCCUUGGAGAUGACUGGCCAAUCCAAUAAGGCGUACGAGUGUAGCACCAGUGGUGGAGCAGCAGAACGUGGUUCCUUAGGACCAUUUGGUCUUCUAGUUUUGGCUGAUGAUGAUCUUUCUGAAUACACUCCCACAUACUUUUACGUGGUUAAAGGAAACGAUGGACAACUUAAAACUUCCUUUUGCUCUGAUCAAUUAAGGUCUUCUCUAGCAACUGAUGUUGGUAAGAAAAUCUUUGGAAGCUCUGUUACAGUACUAGAAGAUGAAAAACUGUCAGUGAGGAUCUUGGUGGACCAUUCUGUGGUGGAAAGUUUUGCUCAAGGUGGAAGAACAUGCGUGACAUCUCGAGUUUAUCCAACGAAGGCAAUCUAUGGAGCUGCUAGAUUGUUUUUAUUCAAUAAUGCUACCGAAGUCACUGUGACUGCUUCAGUUAAAGUUUGGCAAAUGAAUUCUGCAUUCAUACGCCCCUUCAACCCACAACAAAGUAAUUCUAUAUAAGGGACUAAGGACUCACAAGUCAAAAUAUUAGGAACAAUUCGCUACGUGACAAAGCUGUUCAAUAACCUUCUCUUCUACUAACCUAAAGGUUAGGGUUAUUGAACUUAGGUCUCCUGCCUCAAUUUUGUCCAAAUCUUUUUUUAAUAGGCUUGAUUUUGUAAAAUAGUAGUGAUAUUUGUAAAUUGUUAUGACAAUGAAAUAAAUAUUAUGUUUCCUUUUCAUGAAAAAU